AUGCCUACCCCUUUCAACGAAAUGGCCGAUGAUGGAAACCAUCAAACUAUUGCUAAAAUAGUACACAACUUCGUCGCUCGGCCUGAUAAGAAAAGUCUCAAUCCUCUUAGACUUGCCAGUCUCUCUGUUUCCGAAUUCUCGACCGAAUUGGCGAACCAUUUAUCCACUAUAAAUGAGGGUGGCAGUAUUGCCCUUGGCCGUGGAGAAAAAUUGGCCAGCAUUAGCCUAAGCAAGAGCUUAGAGAGCCUUUUCUCAACCUCAACACCACACGUGACCGAAAGGCCGCCGUUGACUUGGACGAAGCUUGUGCUUUUCGCAGGUCCCAAUUUUGAGGGCCCAACGCAGCUUAAAAUUGACAAUUCCAGCGUUGAGCUGCCCGAGUACGACCUCAAACUCUUACGGUCUGGUCGGCCUUGGCGGUUUCUCUCCCCUUGGCCAGACAGAGACGAUUGCACGAAGGAGCUUCAGUCGAGCGAGACUGCGCUGCAGGAGCUUUCCAGUGCUCGGAAAGUAAUAGACGAGGUCUUGGCACAAAUCUUACUUGUCGAACAACGUCUCCGGAAUCAUCGGGGUUUAGUGUCUCAAAUUUUUGAGAGUAGGGACCACGCCAUCCACCGAGGUAAAAUUUCAAUCUGUGACGGGGCUCAGCCUUUUGCUCAGCCUUUUGUUCCAACUCAAGGAGCUUUUGGUCCAGGGCCCUUGGCAGAAGGUGACAGCAUAAGAUACCGAGAUUCACCAACCAUCCCUGUACCUAUCCAUUAUACUAGCAAAGCCGGAUCGGCGCAGCCAGUUAACGAAGACCCGAAUGAUCAAGCUCCGUUAGAAGAUGCCACUGUGCGGAAUCCUACUCAACACGAUGACUUUGGGCAUGCAGACGGCACAAGGCCAGAGUCCAGGUUACACACAUCUGACUUUAUUCAAAAUCUGAGCGAAAUUCUAGAUGAUCCAAACAGUUGGGAAGCCAUGCGCCGGUCAGAAGAUGGGAAAUCUGUCUUGGUCGGCGAAGAAAGCAUAUUUCCUGCACACAUGCUUGCAAAGAUGUCCACAAAAAGCUACCAAUCUCUUAUCCGACGGCUUUAUUACUAUGGCUUUCACAAAAUUGGGGGUGCCUACCAUCACAAUUCAUUCAUUCGUGGUCAGCCUAGCUCCAUACGACCGGCUCGAGAGAUGAGUCACAGCCCCUCACUUCCUUCGCCUUUACAUAAAAGCAGUUCUCAAGGUGGGCCUCGUUAUAAAGUGAUCAAAAGAAAGCGGAAAAGGGAUAGCGUUUAA